AUGACGGAAUUUUUGUGGACCUUUGCAGUACAGGAAUUGUUGAAGAAGACGGUGAAGCUGGCCGCUGAGCAGAUCGGCCUGGCAUGGGGAUUCAAGAAGGAACUCUCAAAGCUGAAGGACUCUUUACUCAUGGCACAAGCCAUCCUAAGGGAUGUUAACAGAGUGAAGGCCGACCUUGACUCCCUUAAGCUAUGGGUGAAGAAGCUUGAAGAUAUCAUCUUUGAAGCCGAUAUUUUACUUGAUGACCUCGCUUAUGAAGAUGGUCGACGAAGGGCUGAAUCUGGAAAUGGUGUGAUGGUACGUAGUUUCUUUUCAUUCUCCAAAAAUCCCCUUGCUUUUCGUCUCAAAAUGGCAAAUAAAAUCACAAAUGUCGCUAAAAAGUUGGAUGAGCUAGUUUUUAUAAAAACUCCUCCGAGAUGUGUUGGAACAACAUCAAAUGAAGCUGAAAUUGAUCUUAACCAAGUUCGAGAGACGGACUCCUUUCUUGAUGAAAUUGGAAUUAUUGGGAGGGAAACUGAAGUAUCAUAUAUAGUAGAUAAGCUAGUUGUUUUACCCAUUGUUGGUACGGGUGGAUUAGGAAAAACAACUCUGGUGAAGGAGGUUUUCCAUCAUGAUAUGGUAAGGAAGAAUUUCGAUAUAUUUAUAUGGGUCUGUGUGUCUCAUCCUUUUAAAAUCAAUAAAAUUUUAAGAGCAAUCAGAGGAUCCUUGAAUCCUACAUUUGGUGGCUCAGAUGAAAGGGAAGUCAUUCUUCAAGAGCUCCAAAAGUUAUUGAGUGGCAAAAUGUAUUUUCUUGUGCUGGAUGAUGUUUGGAAUGAAGAAUCCAUUCUAUGGAAUGAGUUGCAGGCUUGUUUGCUAAAAAUCAAUCAAAAUAAGGGAAAUGCUAUAGUUGUGACUAACCGAAGUGAUAAAGUUGCAGAAAUUAUGGAGACAAAUGACAUACAUCAUUUGAGUCAGUUACCAGAUGAUCAUUGUUGGUCUUUAUUUCAAAAAUGUGCCUUUGGAAGUAAUUUACCAAUAAUUCCUGAUGUCAUUCGAGGACAGCUUGUUAAAAAAUUUGGUGGCAUACCAUUGGUUGUGAAAGUGUUGGGAGGAAUGGUGAAUUCGUGCAAGAAGGACGAGGGAUUGCAAUUGACUUUGGAAAACCUAGUGAGAAUUGCAUUACCAAAGGAAGAUCUUAUUUUAUCCACAAUCAAAUUAAGCAUCGACCGUCUGCCAUCUUCCUCAUUAAAACAAUGUUUUGCCUACUGUUCAAAUUUCCCACCCGACUUUUUCUUCCGUAAAAAAGAACUUGUUCUAAUGUGGAUAGCACAAGGGUUUAUUCAACUACCCAAUGGAAGCAAUGUAACGAUGGAAGAUAUUGGAGCGAGGUAUUUUGAUAUUUUGUUGUCUCACUCCUUGUUUCAAGAUAUUGUCAAGGACAAUAGAGGAAAGAUGAUAGGUUGUAAGAUGCAUGAUCAUAUACAUGAGGUCGCAUGUGCUAUUUCAAAUGAUCAAAGUUUGAGAAGGCACCUUAUAAUGGAUGGAAAAUCUGUAGGGGAUGAAGUUCUUUUGAUCUGUCAAAGAAGAAGAACAGUUUGUUGUUCUGAAAGUCUACCUUUUGAUAAUCAAGACACGAUCACCAACUUCAUCUACUUGCGGGUUUUAAUUAUUCGUUAUAGGCUCAUAACUGAAUUGUCAGAUACUAUCGCUCAAUUGAAGCAUUUGAAGUACCUUGACAUUUCAAAUUCUGGAAUAAGUGAGCUCCCAAAGUCUAUUGGUUUGCUUUACAAUUUGCAGAUUUUGAAACUUAGAUGGGAUAUAAAGCUUCCUACCACUUUUACAACAUUGGUCAACUUAAGGCAUUUAGAAUUUGAUUUUGAUUAUAAUAAUCAAAUUAAGGAAAUGUCUAAACAUUUAAGUCGAAUGACUCAACUUCAAACACUUCCUGAUUUCAUAAUCGGGUACGAUCAUGGACGUAAAAUUGAGGAGCUUGGACCUUUGAAAGACCUUAAAGGUAAAUUAAGCCUUUUUUUUCUUGAGCGAGUCAAAAGUAAACAGGAGGCUAUGGCUGCAAAUUUAGUAGAGAAGGAAAAUAUGUCUGAACUAAAUUUUGCAUGGAGUAUUGAAAGAGAAGAAUGUAAUGGCGGUGAUUUGAAUGUGUUGGAAGCGCUUCAACCACACAAAAAUCUUCGAUCAUUGAGUAUUUCUUACUUUGCAGGACAACUUCUACCCAAUGGUGUUUUUGUUGAAAACUUGGUUGAGAUACAGCUAUGGCGUUGCGAAAGAUGUGAAACUUUACCAAUGCUGGGACAGUUGUCCAAACUUAAGGUUCUUCAAAUGCAUAGUUUAAGUGGUGUAAAAAGUAUUGGAGAUGAAUUUUAUGGGAAUUAUUGCGAAAGUAGAACUUUAUUCCCUAAAUUGAAAAGACUUUAUGUGUGGAAAAUGGACAAUUUAGAGCAAUGGAAAGAAAUCGCCGCUCUAUCGAAUUGUACAACUUUUCCUCAUCUCGAAAACUUAACCAUUGGUGUUUGUCUCAAACUAACGAGUAUUCCAAAUAUUCUUGUAACUCAUAGCCAGAAAUUGGAAGUUGACACGGGUAAUGCAGGGUUGUAUUCAAACUUGCAAAGUCCUCCACAGCUUCAAUCUCUAUCCAUUAGUUGUUGUAAAUGUUUGAUAAAGCUACCAAAUUGGUUAGAGUUUUGUAGCUCACUUGAAGAUUUGUGGAUAGACAACUCUCGUGAUGAUAUUUCCCCUCCAAAUUUGCAAAAUAUGCAAAACUUGUCUUCAUUAGGACUCGAAAACUUUCAUAAUUUGCCAGAGGGGCUUGAUGGUAUUCAUAACUUGAAAAAGUUGGUAGUUAAAGGGCCAAUGGAGGGUUAUGAUUGGAGUCGAUUCAUACCCUCCAAUUCACUUGAAGUUCUUGAGUUGCAUGAAACAGGAACUAACAGUUUAACACAAAUUCCUCGACAACUUGAGCACCUCACUGCUUUAAGAUCGUUAAUUAUUGAGAGUUUUAAUGACGUUGAAUCUUUACCCGAAUGGUUGGGAAACAUUACAUCUUUGAAGACAUUGAAAUUAAGUCAGUGUAGAAAUUUGAAUAGCUUACCCUCGAAAGAAGCCAUGUCAAAUCUGACUAACUUGGCAGUAGUCAGAUGUUCUCAGCUUAAAAUGGAUGAAGGUGGUGUUGAACGGGAAAAGGUUUCUCAUGUACCCUAUGUGUGGGUAGAAUGA